AUGCGUCUCCGCCUGCGCAUCGAACGCAACACCCUCCCACCCACCCAAGCCCUCUGGCCCAUCCAAAACCCCAAAGCAACAAUCGCCCAACUCCUGCAAACCAUCAACGAAACCUUCCCUCUCGAAGCCGACACCUGGGGCCUAGAAGACUACAGUGUGUCCGUGGGCGGGUACGAGUGUCUGCACUACCAUGAGAUUCGCGCGGUGUGUAGAGAUGAGGACGAGGUGGUGAUUCAGCCGCUGGGAUGGGGGGAUUUGAAGGCUAGGAGGGUGACGGGUAGGAUGCAGAUCGCGGGGGAUGGGAGGCAUUUGGUUGAUGGGGUUCCUUAUGGAAGGCCUGCGAUUAGGGCGCCCGUGAGGCCGGAGGUGGUCAUUCCGCCUAGGAAGAAGAGGAAGUUGGGGAAUGAGGAGGAGGAGGGGGAGGAACCGGAGGAGGAGAGAUUACUACUGACGGAGAGAGGCGAGGAGCUGGAAGAGGAGGAGCAUGAAGAUGACGAAGAGGAUGACGAGGACUUUGAGGAGAGCUCGUCCGAAGAAGAAGAAGUGUCGGCAGAGGAGGAGAAUGACAAUACCGACGAGGAAACAAGCAUUUCCGAAGAUGACUCAAGCGACACCUCAGACAGCGACUCCGAGGAUGCAGAGUCGUGGAAUGGCAUAUCUAACAGUGAGCCACCCACAUCACUGAAACCGACGUUGCGCGAGCAGGCGACCACAGCCCCAGGUGAACUUGAAACUCCACCGCAGGGUGCCAAAAGGAAACGCUCUUCGAAUGACGACCCGGCGUUGAAUGCCAAACCAGCCCACGCAAUUGGUGAUUCUGAACCUACGGGACUGCCACAUGAAGGCAAAGCAACCACCAAAUCUCGCAACGCGCGGCGUCGUGAUGCCAAACGUCUCAAAUACUUGAAGGAACAGACGGGCUUUCCUGCCGGCGCUACCAUCGCCGACAUGAAGCAAUGGGCCCCGAAAGGGAGUUUCGGAGCUGGAACUACCACUGCAAAUGCUACCGCUGAGGAUUCGUCGAUGCCAGACGUGACUUCGACAGGGGCUGAGGAGGCUUCUUCUGACAGUGCGCCAUCGGUCGAAGGCAUUGCAGCGCGGGAAGAACCAGUUGCAGACCUUUCAAAGGCAGGAGGCCACAAGAAGAGAAAGAUGAACAACGCACUGGAGGCAGGAAGCAAAUUCGAGGACUCCGAUUUCGAGAACCGGCGUCAAAAGCUGUUGUCAGCCAUCCAGUCCGGCGGUGUUGACGUUUCCGAUACCUCCAUCAAGCCUAUCUCAGAUGCAAGCAUCGAACUUUCACCAACCCCUCCAGCUGCAGCUCCACGUGCGCGACUCAACCUCGCCAGCUCCCAGCGCCUAGUCUUCGGGAGUCUCGGCGUCAGAGUCCCCAAAACUCAACAAGAGCGAGACGCCCUGCAGAAGAAGCUGGCCGACCGACCGAAGAGGAAUGCCAAACUUGAGCAGAUCGACUCGCCCCAAACCAACGACGAGAGCAUUGCAGCUCCUGCGCCCGCUGCUCCAGACGAUACUGACUCCGAAGCCUGGCGGGCAAGAAUCCACCUUACCGCCGUUGAAUGCUGUGACGAAGGCGUCACGCUCUCUACACCUCCUUUCCCCUUCCACCAACGCUGGGAUCCGCAGCAGAAGCGGAAAGGGAAGAAUAGCAAGGCGAAGAGCGCCACGUACAUGGCCGAUUCAUCGUCUGUGGGUAAAAAGCGGAAGCGCGGACAGGCCGAUCAGCAGCAGGAGUACUUCGAGACGUACGACAAGUACAAUAAGGAUGGGAAUGGCGACGCGCUGGACUACGACGGCGAGGAAGGCCAUGAGGAUGAAGAAUACUGGGAAGACGGGGCUCUCCUAAAUGGCGACGACGAUGAUGCGGGUGACGAAGAAGAGAGCGACGAUGGCUUUCCCGAGCUCCCUUCCGACAUCGAUUCCCUACCGCUACUCGAAGCCGACCAAGCGAAAGUUGACGACUUCAUUACGUUCGCUGAACUAGCUUGCGACGAGAGCACGGAAUGGCAGCCGAAGACGGCCAUUCGCACGGCGCGGAUCUUGAGCGUUCCUGCGAACGACGGAGACCAGUCGGGGGAGUUCACACUGUUGCUUUCGAAGCGCGAUCGGUUGCCCAAGGUGUUCGACGACGAGGGCAACCGGGUCUACAGCAAAUUCGAAAUGCCGGGCAUGGAUGAGGAGGAAGAAGAGGGAAAUGCGGAGCAAGAGGGAACGAGGAGGGUGGAGUGGCAGGAGCUCGGGCCCGUGAAGUUGAUUUCAAGACGCGGAGCGGGCUGGUGA